ACACACUCUCCUGUACAUUCUUCCUGAACCAAUCGGUUAUCAAGGGCGUUGGAGGCUGCACAAACACAGCGUGAAGCAACCACAGCCUGGGUGGAGCCGGCACCUCGCAAACGAAACACCCAUCAUUUGGCAACAAGCUGGAGAAAAUGAUCCCCCUGCGGCCUCUGUUGCCACCAGCGCUCUUCUGCUUCUGCCCGGAGAACCGGACUGACUAAUUGUGGUGUGAAACCUUUUUUUGAUACCUGCAAGUCAACAAGCACUGACCCCCCGGUCAUUACUUAAUCCUCCCUGACGGCCGGGAGCAUGACAGAAAUACAGAAGUAGCUUCUCAGCACUGUGCGUCUGUGUGCAGGUUCUGGCCGUCUAUCUCCCACCGGGUGAUGGCUGCAGUCUGAGGAGGUCGAAACGGUUCGGAUUUUAGCGGCACUCACACGCGGCAGACGUACGCUCUCUGGACGGUGGACGCCCCGAGGAGGAGAGGAUCACAGGAACAAUGGCGAAGUACCACUGGCAGAGUCAGAAUGUCAAGCAAAGCGGCGUGGACGACAUGGUCCUGCUCUCCAAGAUCACAGAGGAAGCCAUCGUGGAAAACCUCAAGAAGAGAUACAUGGACGACUACAUUUUUACGUACAUCGGCCCCGUGUUGAUUUCAGUGAACCCCUUCAAACAAAUGCCCUAUUUCACCGACAGAGAGAUCGAACUCUACCAAGGGGCCGCCCAGUAUGAAAACCCCCCACACAUCUACGCCUUGGCAGAUAACAUGUACAGAAACAUGAUGAUUGACGGGGAGAACCAGUGUGUCAUUAUCAGCGGCGAGAGCGGCGCUGGAAAGACAGUGGCUGCCAAGUACAUCAUGGGUUACAUUUCCAAAGUGUCUGGAGGUGGAUCAAAAGUGCAGCAUGUAAAAGACAUCAUCCUGCAGUCCAAUCCUCUGCUGGAAGCAUUUGGUAACGCCAAGACCGUCCGCAACAACAACUCUAGCCGUUUUGGGAAAUACUUCGAGAUUCAGUUCAGCAGAGGCGGAGAGCCAGAUGGUGGCAAAAUCUCUAACUUCCUGCUGGAGAAGUCGAGGGUGGUGAGCCAGAAUGAGAGCGAGAGGAACUUCCACAUUUACUACCAGUUGAUAGAGGGCGCCAACGCACAGCAGAAAGAAGGCUUGGGCCUCAUGACUCCAGACUACUACUACUACCUCAACCAGUCUGGGACCUACAAGGUUGAUGGGACCAACGACAGCAAAGACUUCUCUGAGACUAUGGAAGCCAUGCAGGUCAUCGGCAUCCCUGGAGACAUCCAGGCUCAGGUGCUGCAAAUCACUGCAGGUAUCCUCCAUCUGGGCAACAUCAGCUUCAUAGAGGCAGGAAACCAGAGCGAGGUGGAAAGCACCGACUUGCUCGCCUUCCCCGCCUACCUGCUGGGAAUCGACCCCACGAGGCUUCAGGACAAGCUGACCAGUCGGAAAAUGGACUCCAAGUGGGGCGGGAAGUCUGAGUCCAUCAACGUGACGCUCAACCAGGAGCAGGCCACUUACACACGCGACGCCCUGGCCAAAGCCCUUUACGCGCGUCUCUUUGACUACCUUGUCGAGGCCAUAAAUAAAGCCAUCCAGAAACCUUACGAAGAGUUCAGCAUCGGCGUACUCGACAUUUAUGGCUUUGAGAUAUUUCAGAAAAACGGGUUUGAGCAAUUUUGUAUAAACUUUGUCAAUGAGAAACUGCAGCAGAUCUUUAUUGAACUCACGUUAAAGGCCGAGCAGGAAGAGUAUGUUCAGGAAGGCAUUAAAUGGACCCCUAUUGAGUACUUUAACAACAAGAUUGUGUGUGACCUCAUUGAAAAUAAACUGAGCCCUCCGGGUAUCAUGAGCGUCUUGGAUGACGUGUGCGCCACUAUGCACGCCAAAGGAGAGGGGGCAGACGGCACGCUGCUGCAGAAGCUGCAGGCCGCUGUGGGAACCCAUGAACACUUCAACAGCUGGAACUCCGGCUUUGUCAUCCAUCACUAUGCCGGGAAGGUGUCGUACGAUAUCAAUGGCUUCUGUGAAAGAAACCGGGACGUCCUGUUUCCUGACCUCAUCGAGCUCAUGCAAAGCAGUGAAUUUAACUUCAUGCGCAGCUUGUUUCCUGAGAACCUCAACACGGAAAAGAAGGGGAGGCCGACCACAGCCAGCUCAAAGAUCAAGAGGCAAGCUAACGAACUGGUGAGCACGCUGAUGAAGUGCACCCCACACUAUAUCCGCUGUAUCAAACCGAAUGAGACGAAAAGGCCGAAGGACUGGGAGGAGAGCAGGGUUAAGCACCAAGUUGAAUACCUCGGUCUGAGGGAGAACAUACGUGUGCGACGAGCUGGAUUUGCAUACCGCCGACUCUUCAGUAAAUUUCUGCACAGGUAUGCCAUUCUUACGGCUGAAACAUGGCCGUGUUGGAGGGGACCAGAGCAGCAGGGGGUCCUUCACCUCCUGCGGUCGGUCAACAUGGAAACGGACCAGUAUCAGAUGGGACGCACAAAAGUCUUUGUCAAGAACCCAGAAUCGCUGUUUCUCCUUGAGGAGAUGAGGGAAAGGAAGUUUGACACCUUCGCCAGAAUUAUUCAGAAAGCCUGGAGACGAUUCAACGCCAGGAAGAAGUACGAACAGAUGAGGGAAGAAGCCUCAGACAUCCUGUACAACUCCAAGGAGCGGAGGAAAAACAGCAUCAACAGGAACUUUGUGGGAGACUACCUUGGCCUGGAGCAAAGGCCCGAGCUGCGGCAGUUCCUGGCCAAGAGGGAGCGCGUGGACUUCGCUGACUCGGUCACCAAGUUCGACCGCAGGUUCAAGUCUAUCAAGAGAGACUUGAUCUUGACUCCUAAGGGGAUCUAUCUGAUUGGUCGAGAGAAGGUGAAGAAGGGACCGGAAAAAGGACAGAUAAAGGAGGUGUUAAAACGUAAACUGGACUUUGGAAACAUCAGUGGAGUCUCACUCAGUUCCAGACAGGAUGAUUUCUUCAUUCUGCACGAGGCCCAGUAUGACAGCCUGCUGGAGUCCAACUUUAAGACGGAGUUUCUCAGUCUGCUGUCUAAACGCUACGAGGAAGUGACCCAGAGAAAGCUGUCCAUCUCCUUCUCCGACAGACUGGAGUUUAGAGUGAAGAAGGAGGGCUGGGGCGGGGGCACCUCCAGGGUGGUUGUUUUUCAAAGAGGUCAAGGCGACUUGGCUCAGCUCAAACCGGGAGGGAAGACUCUCACGAUUACCAUAGGAGAGGGCCUACCCAAGUCCUCCAAGCCAUCCAGGAAGUCGGGUCUAGAUGUUCGAGGGGGAGUGAGAAACCACGUACCAAACAGAGCCCACGCCAAUGGAGGUGCCGGAUUUUCCAGAGCCCACCAGAACCAGCACGCAGAUAUCACGUAUUCCUCCCCACACAAACAACCCCGGCCACCCAAUGCUCCGCUGCCCAAACUGGACUCUCAAAGGGGACGCCGGGGCCCGGCCCAAACACAGCCCAGCCAAGCCAACUUGGACUUCCUUAACGUGCCUGACCAAGGCAUGUCAGGAAAGCAGAGGAAGAGGAGCAUCAGCCAUCGGCCGCCCCCUGCCCCUAAACCCCAGCCCAGACCCCAGGGCCCCCGCUGCCGGGCCCUAUAUCAGUACGUCGGACAGGACACGGAUGAGAUCAGCUUCGAGGCUAACGAUGUGUUCGAUCUCGUCAAGGAGGAUCCAUCAGGCUGGUGGACAGGCAGGAUUAGAGGAAAGGAAGGUCUCUUCCCUGGUAACUAUGUGGAAAAGAUUUGAUGAGGACUUUUCAUGGACAUUCUUGUUUUCAACAAGAAAAAGGUUUAUUUUUGUCUAUCGCAACAGACCCUGUUCGCUAAAAACAACACACAGCCUGAGAGUUAUUGAAAGUUGCAUGAAAGUUUUUGUUUAAGGGCGACGUGUAGCUGACAUUUGAGCCCUGACUAACGACAAGUGGCGGCAUAUGGUAUGAAGAGAAGACAGGCGGCGUCACCAUGAUUGUUAAAACAGGACUACAACAAGCUGCUCGGGUUUCAUCUCUGUUGCUGUGUCAAACGAUCCCACUCUAAAUGGCCCAGCAGCAGGAUCUUUGACUUUAUCUUCCUUUGAGCUGUUCCUUCCUCAGCACGACUCAGGGCUUCAGCUGAAAAAUCAGCGUUUACCUCCAGCUUUUCUCAAGAUCGACCACCCUCCCUCCCCAGCCCCUCUGCUGCUGACUGCUCCUGAUUAACAGCAUAAGAUCAUGCAGCAAAUGAGCUUUUUUCAACAACAAAAAAGCAAUAAAUGAACUUGACAGAUACUUUUGGCGCUGCAACAAACUUGCUUGAGAUCAAAUCAAACCUUUUUCCAGAGGAAAUUUGUUGUCAUUCAAAUGUUUUAAACCUUUCAUUGUUGUCUUUCAGUCAAUAUUAUUGGUACUUUGUCAUAUAUUUUCUCAGGAAAAAAAAUUAAAAAGGGACAUAUUUUCCUACACCUCCAAGCAAACUAUUUGCACGGGUUCAUGUUGUGUUGAUGGUAACUUAUAGGAGAUUAUGGGACGACAAAUCAGAUUUUUUUUUUUUUUCAUUUUGAGAUAUAUUUGUA